AUGAUUGAACCUAUGCCUAUUGAGAUCAUCAACUGGGGAAUCCUGAAUGAGAUAAUAUCUAUGGAUGAAGAUGAUCCAGAUUUUUCCAAAGGUUUAAUUAUCCAAUUUAUUGACCAAGCAGAAACUACAUUUGGUGAAAUGGAUGAACAACUAAACAAAUCUAAGGAUCUUUCAGAACUAGAGAAACUAGGUCACUUCUUAAAGGGUUCGUCGGCAGCUCUAGGUCUUCAAAGAAUAGCUUGGUCCUGUGAACGUAUUCAGAAUUUAGGGAGAAAAGCUGAAAAGAGUUUCCCAUCAAAGGAACAAUUACUUGAUUCUUUACCAGCUGACAUAGAACUAACAGAUUCCGAUAAGGCAAGUUAUGAGAAGAGUAAUAGUGGAGUUGCUCCUACCUCCGAAGAUGAUGAACUUUAUCUGUUUUUGAUCAAGAGAGCAUUAGCACAAGCAAGACUAGAAUUCCAAGUAGCAAGAAGAGAACUUUCUGCAUAUUAUAAUGAAGUGCUCUAG